AUGGCAGCGUGCUGUCUUUAUGGCGCGUGUAUCCUCUCCAUAUUUUUGCGAAAGCACCAGACUUUUGACCGCUUUGAGGUUUUCAAGAUCGACGGCGUGACCUGUUCAAGCUGUAUCUCUAGUAUAGAGUCGACGUUAGCUCCUCACCACGGUAUCAAGCGUGCAAAUGUCGAUUUCCUGUUAAGACACGCCGAAGUCGCGUACAAUCCCAUGGAGAUAUCUCGACGGAAAAUCAUCGACGAGCUCGAUGCCACAGGCUCGGCCUCUCUUGUGCAGAACGAGGUCCCAUCGACGGGCCAAUCGUUUUACGGCGUGGAACUGGGGAGAAUUCUGCAUUCAACUGAUGGUCUUCUCCUUCUGGGAUCUAUAUUGAUUCUGGAGUACUUUUCGACGGCAAUCAUUGCGGAAUGA